GCUAGGCGCUUCUUGUACGUUGCGGCGCCUUUUGCGGUUUCUGAGGUGGUAUCUCUUCCUGUAUCUAACGUUUACGUGGUGGUAUCCUCCUCAUUUUUCUACAACUAGCGAAGAAGUCGCAGUCGCAGUUUCUGAUUCAUUGCUCACUUCGCUCCGUACGUUGCAGGAUGUCUCAACGAGUGCUCAUCGGAGGUGAAGAGAAGGAGAUCUUCCAGAACUUCGAUGAUGAUGGAUUUCCGAUCAUUGAAAACGGCCUCCCACUCUAUAUCACUUCAGACGGCGUGCCAGUUCGUGUUAGUAGUGAGGCGACAGAAGCUGCAGUCCCUGACCCGGUCGCUCCAGUCCAGGUCCUGGGUCCCUCGAAGGAGAGGGCAGAAGAGCUGUGGCCCGAGGAAAAAGUUUUAUUUCUCAUUGAGCUCUUUAAAAACUACCAAUCCGACCUCAGAAACAGGAAAAAAUCAAAACGGGAGGUGUGGGAGAUGUUGACUGAAGCAAUCAAUCUUCUCCUCUGCCAACAACUUCUCCUCUUUAAUAUUCAGCCUCAGUGA